GCGAUGGCGGCGAGGCUGGCGGGCUUCCUGCUGCUGCUGCUGGGGCUCGCGGCGCCGGGGCCCGCGCCCGCCGCUGCCGCCAAGAUGAAGGUGGUGGAGGAGCCCAACGCGUUCGGGCUCAACAACCCGUUCCUGCCCCAGACUAGUCGCCUCCAACCCAAGAGGGAUCCUUCACCCGUGUCUGGGCCUGCGCACCUCUUCAGGCUUUCUGGCAAGUGCUUCAGCCUGGUGGAGUCCACGUACAAGUACGAGUUCUGCCCAUUUCGCAACGUGACGCAGCAUGAGCAGACCUUCCGCUGGAACGCCUAUAGUGGGAUCCUGGGCAUCUGGAACGAGUGGGAAAUCUCCAACAACACCUUCAGGGGCAUGUGGAUGAGGGACGGCGACUCCUGCCGCUCCCGGAGCCGGCAGAGCAAGGUGGAGCUUACCUGUGGGAAAAGCAGCCGUCUGGCGCACGUGUCUGAGCCGAGCACCUGUGUCUAUGCGCUGACGUUCGAGACGCCUCUUGUCUGCCACCCACACUCCUUGUUGGUGUACCCGGCCCUGCCCCCUGCCCUGCAGCAGCGGUGGGACCAGCUGGAGCAGGACCUGGCUGAUGAGCUCAUCACCGCCCAGGGCUAUGACAAGUGGCUCAGGGCGCUUUUUGAGGAUGCCGGCUACCUAAAGACCCCAGAACAAGGUGAAUCGGUGCUGGAAGGAGGUGCCAAGGACCCGGCCUUCCAGACCAUAGAGAGCUGCCGUGAGGCACAUAAAGAGCUGGCGAAGGAGCUCAGGAGACUGAAGAGCAUGCUGACCCAGCACGGCAUCCCCUACACCAGGCCUGCGGAGACUUCCAGCUCCGAGCACGUGGGCCCCAAGACACCCCCAGACGGGACAGCGGAGCCACUCCGAGGCGACCCAGGACUGCGUGGGAACGCCCUGUGACCCGAGACUGGCAGGAAGGGGAGGCAGGUGGGGGCCACUUCCUCUGCCUCAGGGCCCCGUGGGCUCUCAGGCUCAGCUCAAAGAGGUGACAAAAUAAAGAUGCAAAGUUUUAAUUCCUGUACUGAUAAAAAUAAUUCCAUGAAUUCUGUAAACCAUUGCAUAAAUGCUGUAGUGUAAAAAAAUUUAAACAAGUGUUAACUUGAAACAAUUCACUACAAGUAAAUGAUUACGCAUUAUAAAUACUACCUUCUGGGUUAAGAAAGUUCCAUUCCAGUAACAUUCUCAUCUAAAUACUCAGAACAAACCUAGAUCGAGGCUUCCAUAAAUUAAUCCACAUGAAGCAUCCACACUGAGCCGAGGUCUCCUGCGACCCCAGUUACACAAACAGCGGAGGCUGGACCGAGACCACGAGAGCCAAGAGGCAGAACGACAGCCGAACUGAGGACGGCGAGGCCCCGGAAUGCCUGUGGGGCAGGGAAGGCUCCCUCGGAGGGCCUAGGCCACCAAGACACAGGUGUGGAGGACCCAACGAGCAGUCCCCUGGGGGCCCUAAGAGUUCCACUUGCGAGAUUCUUGGGGGUCCUCGCAGCACACCUGGCCUCAGCGCACGUACCGGUGGGGGGGGAGGGGAGGUCGUCCCCACGGCGCCACAGCUCCAGUCUCUCACUGCACAACAAGAACCGACCAGAGUAGCUUAUACAUAGACCUCAAGCUUAACUGUCCUUAAUUGUUUAUAAUUUGAAAACGUCUAGGCUACUUAUUGGUAAUAAACAUUGUCGUUUCCCAAAGAAGACCAUAGGCCUGAAAUGGGAAACAAGUGCAUAAAUAUUAAUAAAAAUAAUUUUAAACGGUG